UGCCACGAAUCUGGAAGCAAGUUCAUCCCUAUUAGAAGAAGAGGACUUUUCUUUAGCGAUUCUGUGUUUCAAGACACCAGGGAUGACUUCCACAGGGCAAUAAAGGAGGUGCUAAGGAGCUGGGGAGAGGAAUCGUCCAUGUUCGAUGCUCUCACAAGCUACAGAAAUCUUCGUUCUCGAGAUCUUAGAGAGGAGAACCAGGCUGUCACGUCACUGGAGGACGAAUCUUACCAUAAGUUUGUGCUCGAUGUUCAUGAUUUUAUGAACGGCGGAGAGAUCAGCGUGAAGGCAGUGAACGAUCGAGAGCUGGUGGUCGAAGGUCACUUGGAGAAGAAGGAAGACGGUUCCAAGUCCAGCAAGCGGUUCCUUCGGCGCUUCGUUGUUCCUGGAGACAUUCAGUUGGAGGCCGUCACUUCGGUCAUGUCUUCUGACGGUGUCCUGACAAUUUCGGCUCCCAAAAGAAAGCCAACGAUUGCAAUCCAAGAAGUCAAAGUACCAGUGACCAUCGAGGAAAAAGGAAGCAAGAGCCACACAGAGAUCGAAGACGAAAUCAUGAGCUCGGAAGGAGGUAGCCAUGAGGCUUCAUCAGCAUUCAAUAUCAGCACUGAAGGGAAAACAAAACGUGAAGCUCAUAAUGUAAAGGAAACUUCCGCUAAGGCAUCGUCUCGGUUCUCCUCCGUCGAUACUGCUUCGUUUACGUCAAAUGAAAGUCAAACACGCAGGCACGUCAUUCCGGUUCACUACGAAGUUGGUAAUGAAAGCGACAGCCUCGAGCAACUUGAUCAGCAGCGUCAAGUUACUGUGAGGGACAGUCGAGUCUCCGAUGAUGCUGGAAAAUCGGAGUGUGAGGCGAAAGUGUCUUCUGAUUCCCUUAAGAGUAAACGCAAAUGCGCUUCAGGAAGUUCAUACUUGCCCAUAAUCAGGAAAGGUCUGUUUUCCGAAGACCAUUUCUUCGAGAAUGUACGUCAGAACUACAGUGAGGCUGUGAAGGAAGUGCUGGAAAGUGCGAAUGAAUGGUCCUGUGAAAGGGACGCCAUGCAGGUCUACCGAAAUUUGCGUCAACGCAAUCUGCAAGUAGAAAACCAAGCAUUCUCUGUGACUGAGGAUGAACACACUCACAAGGUUGUAAUGGACGUGCAUGACUUUACCAGCGGAGAUGUGACAGUGUCGCUGGUGGGAGGAAGUGAGCUUGUGAUCGAAGGGCAAGCAGAGAAGCAGGAAGGCAGUUGUUCGGCGAGGAAGAGCUUCUGUCGCCGCUUUUUGUUGCCUGAACUGGUUGAGCGAGACGCCAUUAGCUCGGCGCUGUCCUCCGACGGCAUUCUCAGCGUGAUCUCGUCCAAGAGAGGGAAGUCGGACGCGAAGGCAAGCAGCAAAGGCUUUUCGAGCGAGACGAAGACCCGGCUGGAGAACAAGACAGACAGCGGCCACAGCUGGGAGGAGAAAGACGUGGCGGAGUCUUUGAAAGAGUCCGACGGCCACAGCGUCCGCACCUUCGCCUCCAGCUCCCGCGCUCACCACCACCAUUCCUACACAAACCAUUUCUAAAGUCACAGCUUUCCAGAUCUCUACUUCUGUAGUUUAGCUAAGUGUAGAUAAGAUUUAUUUUUGUUGACUGUUCAAGGCCAAAUUCGAUAUGUGAUAUGUGUGGUUUGUGUGAGAAUGAUGUGGUCUUUUGCAGUCGACGAGUGGCAAGAGUUGAUUAGAUGCCAGGGGCAAGGAGCAAAAGAGAAAGACGAUAGAAUUACCAACAUUCCUUAAAUGUGAAUUCAUUUAUCAUUUCCUUCAGAGGAUCUGCAAAACAUAUUUUAUUAGUAAUGUUUAAGACUAAUGGGAUGAGAAAGAUCGAUUUUCACAAUGAUUUCUAAUAAAUAUAUAGAGACUAAAA